UAACUUUGGAGUUCAUAGGGCAAAGCACAAUAGUUAACCGCUAUUUUUUUUUCCCUCCCUACCUAACCUCUACUUCAUUCCACCUGAUUAAUUUAACUGUAUUUCCUGACAAGGCAGCUUCUCUAUUGAUAUUCGCAUCUUGUUCUCAAGGUCGCCUUUUCUCAGCGGGACUUCCUGAAGAACCUCUUGAAUAGCAGUCCAACUCACGUUGAAUAAUGUGUCAGAGAUAAACAAGUUUCCAUUUCAGAGGCAACAAUGACACCCCAAACAGAGCAAAGCUCUCUCAAGCGCGGCAGGAUUAGUGCAGAUCACGACUCACAAGAUCAGAAGAAACCAAGGCGUUCUCAAAGGAUCAUAUCACAGCAAUCUCAGGGCACCCCAAUCAAUGACUCAUAUCUUCCUACACCGAUGACCCGCCAAGCUUCAACUGCUACAGACAUCAGGAAAGAAACAACAGCGUCUCCACCGAAACCCUCUGCCCGAGCUCGUUCUCACACUCCGCCCGAUUCAGUACAGUUUCCAGAAUACUCUUCGCCUCCGGGUGAUACCCAGGCGUUUUCUCAAUUUGUAUACCCACCCAGAGCUUUCGCAGAUGAGGUUCAAGAUGAGGCCGAAGAGGGGGUUUGGGGAUACAUAAUCCCUCUUGAUGAUAAAGUCCGAGAUGCCCUUGUAUUGAGAAAGAGAGGAAGCUGUGAAGGCGGUCCAUCCAAGUCCAACAACUCCAGAAAGGAUGCCCGGGGGGGAUGCGGACAAAACAAAGAAAAGGCCCCGACUCCUGGUGGGUAUCUGGUCGGCCGUCACCCAGAAUGCGAUCUUGUUCUUAACAUCCCCACUAUCUCCAAUCGACACUUCCUAAUAUUCUUGGAAAACCGGAAAGGGGAUACCGUCGCAAUUUUGGAGGACCUGUCCAGCAAUGGCACGUUUGUCAAUGACGCGAUCAUUGGGCGAAAUAAACAUCGCGAACUAGAAGACGGCGACGAGAUCACAAUCUUGGGUGAGGCGCGCUUCGUCUUCCGGUAUCCUCGAACGAGGGACACGAAUGGGUUUCGCCAACAGUACAGGAUUCUACAACAGCUCGGUAAAGGCCAUUUCGCGACCGUUUAUCUCUGUAUAGAGCGUUCAACUGGCACCCAGUAUGCUGUGAAGUUAUUCGAAAAACGCCCCGGCGAUUCCCAGAAGUCCCAGACCGACCCUUUACAUCAGGAGAUUGGUCUUUUGAUGGGUGUCAGUCACCCGAACUUAUUGUGUCUCAAAGAUACUUUCGAUGAGAACGAUGGUGUGUAUCUUGUUCUGGAGCUUGCCCCGGAAGGCGAGCUGUUCAAUCUCAUCGUCCGAAAACAGAAGUUUUCAGAGAAUGAGGCUAGACACAUUUUCUUGCAACUUUUUGAGGGCUUGAAGUAUCUUCAUGACCGUGGAAUCGUCCAUCGUGACAUCAAGCCCGAGAAUAUUCUUGUUGCAGACAAGAAGAUGACCGUGAAGCUCGCCGACUUCGGUCUUGCCAAGAUUAUCGGGGAGGAUUCAUUUACAACGACCCUAUGUGGAACACCAAGCUACGUUGCUCCGGAAAUCCUACAGGAAUCUCGCCGCCGACGGUAUACCAAAGCGGUUGAUAUUUGGUCACUUGGUGUUGUCCUUUACAUAUGCCUCUGUGGCUUUCCGCCAUUUUCCGAUGAGCUUUAUACGGCUGAGAACCCGUAUACUCUGGCGCAACAGAUUAAAAUGGGACGUUUUGACUAUCCAUCCCCUUACUGGGAUUCCGUGGGCGACAUUGCUUUGGAUCUCAUCGAUAGAAUGCUUACAGUUGACGUUGACAAAAGAAUAACAGUCGAGGAAUGCCUAGAGCAUCCCUGGCUUACGGGAAAGCACAUCCAGGUAUCGGACAGCACUGACGGACUCACUGGGGCGCUGGGAAAGCUGGAUUUCUCGAAACGGAAGAUCUCGCGUGAACGAACUCUUCUCAGCAGUAUCAACGACGUCGACUUCAGUGAGCGUACAGAGGGCAAUGGGGCUCCGGUCAAGGUUUUCCACAAGAACAACACCGAAAAGCGCUUGCACAAUCGGCAAGCCAAAGGCUCCCAGCCGCAAUCCCCGGGUGGUAAGAGCGCGCCCAGAGAUUUUGUCAACCUUGGGGAGAAAGGAGAUCCAGUUUUGUUUGAGGAGGACCCCACUAGUCGAUACAAAUAAUGAGGCAACCGACCCCGCGUGAACUCUUGCCAAAGGUAUCUCAAGAUCAAAGGUCUUCGCUUGCUAGUGUAGGGAGUCUAUCCCCGAUGGACUAUGAGCUAGUCAAUUGGCUGUGUUAGGACUACUACAUCUGCCGAUAUUAAGAAUUGCCCACCCAGCGGCAUCCUAAGUGAGUCACUCAAGAAGGUCUGGUUAUUGAUUAAACACCGCUGUGCGUUUACAUCCAUUGGCGUUAGAUUUCCAGCGGACAAUUCAUCCUAGAAUAAAGUUCCAUAUGUUCAAGUGAAUUCUGUGGUUGUUUUAAGGGACAGAAGAUGCUAGUGAACCAAAAGUGGCCAAGGCAAAGAACAAAAGCACAAAGAUCUAGUAGAAACUGAUUCCUCUG